UCGGCGCGAAAAGUCAGCUGGGAAUCUCCAAGUUGGUGGAUUUUAAGUUUCUGAAUAAUCUGAAUUUGCAUCUAGGUACUGUGCUUUGAUUUCUAACAGGAUGACCUCGGAAGAGAGUUCUGCCCUUUCGGAAGUUUUCACCAAACUUCCUGGCAGAAGAAAACAGUGCCGCAUCCUGCUUGACUUCUUCACCACGGACGGUUACCUUCCUCCCAACAUUUACAUCCACGGAAACUCUGCCACCGGAAAGACAAUUACAGUAGCAUCGCUUUUGGAACAUUUAGGAAUUUCAAACGUGCAGUUGAGCUGCGUUGAAUUUGACACUCCUGCCCUCCUCUCAUCCCAAGUUGCGACAAAAUUUAGAGAGUACGUGGAAGGCAGUAAUCAAUCAAACUGUUCUAAUCUGAUGGACCUGGUGGAAGUGAUGCAGACGGCCGACUUCAAAGAUCCCUUCAUAAUUGUUCUGGACCGAGCUGAGAGGUUGAGGGAGAUGCCUUCGACUGUGAUUCCCGCUUUGCUGAAACUGCAAGAGUUGAGCGGGAUGAACGUGUGCGUUGUACUUGUCAGUGAUCUGCCCUGGGAAAGGUUUUACCAUGGGAAAAUGCGCUUCUGCAAACCGGCUUUUGACCUCUUCUUCCCUCAGUACUCUAAAAGUGAGUGCAUCGAGAUUAUUCGGGAAAAAAGGCCUGAGGAGGUGGACGACGCCCUGUACUUCUCCUACGUCUCCAUUCUGCUCAGGGUUCUCUACAGGUUCUGCAGGGACCUCAAUGAACUGCUCUACAUGGCUGACCAGCACUUUGUUCUGGUGAAGGAUCUAAACAACGACCAGCGCACAAUCUGGACCACCCUGCAGCCGCACCUGAAAGCGGCCACCCAGAGGGUCCACCUGCGCCAGGGUCUGCAACCUGUUGAUGUGAAAAGUUCAAACGCACUGAUCUCAGCAGUGACGGCGAUGGAGCUGCCUUACUAUGCCAAGUUCCUGCUGAUGGCCGCCUUCCUGGCCUCGUUCAACUCGCCCAAGCACGACCGGCGCCUCUUUGCCAAACACCACGGCAUGCAAAGGAAAAAGGCCGUUGUGCAGAAAAAGACAGUCAAGAGGAGCAGUUUGAUUGUCGGACCAAAACCUUUUAACUUCGAGAGACUGACCGCCAUUUUCCAUUCGAUUGCAGACACCCCCUACCUCAUCACAACCAACCUUUGUGCUCAGUUGGCUACUUUGGUCAAUUUGCAACUCAUCACCAAAGUUGGCUUCUCGGGGCUCAACGACCCCAAGUACAAGUGCGCUGUUGGAUUUGAAUUUAUCAAAGCUGUUGGAAGGACUGUGGACUUCAACGUGCAGAGCUACAUCAUGGAGGAAUACUAAAGUUUAAAGGACUCAAAAUUUUCAAGUAUUUAUUAAUUGCUACGCUUAUUACUAUUUUAUUUAAAAAUCCAAGAUCUCGUGAGAUAUUAAUUA